UUAUAUUCUCCUCCUCCACUGAAAAACCAGAGGUGUGCUCCUCUUCCUUGUGAGGGAGAACCAGAAAAGUGAAUGACAGAAAGCUUGUUCUUUCCUUUUUUCCUUUCUCUAUCCCUUAAACCCCAACACCUCAUAUUCAUACUAGAUUCAACCAAAACAGUGUAUUUGUGGGCGUUUAGUUAAGGAUAAAAAGUGGACAGUCAAACAGAAAACCCCAUAAAAAUUCAAUCUUUUUGUGUGUUUGAAGAGAGGGAAAGAGAUUUAAGAGAACCCCAAAUUAAAAAUUCAAUCUUUUUUUCUCUCUUUGUGUGUGUAAAAUGGGUGAAGUGAAGGGAAACAAGAAAAGACUAUCUAUAAAUCUUUCCCUAUUUUCCCUCACUGAUCAAAGCAGCAGCAAAUCUCCUAAGAAGUUUGAGGACCCAAAUGGUGAUGUUGUUGGUCUUGGAAUUGUAGCAGCUAUGAAUAAGAAGAGUAAUAGUAACUGUAGUAGUAGUAGAGCUGCAAUUCUUGCUAUAUCACCAAGAUCAACUACUACAAACCCCAUCCCGAUUUUCACAUCUAAUAAUAGCAGUCCUAAGAAGAAAAAGAAGAGUAAGAGGCCUAGUAUUGAAGAGUCUGAGGAGUAUACUUGUGUGAUAUCUCAUGUGGGUAGUAAUUUGAUUAAAAAAAGGGAAUACUUUGAUGGUCAAUUCAUUGGAAACAACAACUCUAAUGCAUACCAGAAAGCUGCUACUGCUUCUCUCAAUCAUGGUGCUGAUACAGCAAUGUUUAUGAUGGCUGAUUUCUUGAGUUCUUGUUUCCUUUGCAAGAAGCAACUUCAAGGGUUGGACAUUUUCAUGUACAGAGGGGAGAAGGCAUUUUGUAGUGCAGAGUGUCGUUGCACACAAAUAUCGAUCGAUGAACACAAAGAGAAAUGUGGUUCUGGAGCCAUGAAAUCACUUAGCGACUACUCUGCUUCUCCUUGCUCGGGUCCAAUGCAGUUUUUCACUGGCGUAGCCGUGGCAUAACUCAAUUGUAUGGUACCUCCAACAUUACAUAAUAAAUAAAUAAAUAAAUAAAUAAAAAAGUAUAAUAUAUAUGUAUAUCGGUUUUGAAAGGUACCCGAAUAAUUGUUGGUACCCACCGGCUUUGAAGAAAGAUUUUUUAUGUUAAGGACAUUCUGAGCAGGCAAUCUCUGCAACUCAGAGAGUAUGAAAAAACAUUCUGGGAAAGCAUGUAAUGAAGUUUGUUAGAAGCUUAGUAAAGUGGGUAAUAUGCCAUUCCAAAAGGCCCAUGGACGGACAGAUGCAAAUAUUACAUUUUAAAUAUAAGUUGGAAAUCAAUAAAAUACUUUUUUGAGUCUUGA